AUGUGGACUGAAGAAGUCUCAUUGGCUGGAGAUUUGGACAAACCGGUUUUGCGUCAAAUCAGUAUAAGAAAACAGGAUAAUGCGAAUAAUUCAUUGCUGAUUUUCAAGCAAUUAUUAGGAGGGUUCCCCGGUGUGCAAUUGGAAUGUGAUACUCGGGGAGGUUACCCGACACGAUUGCCAAUUGUGCUCAUCUUGCAAGACGGAAGAUACCGAGUCAGUUACGGUGACUCCGGCUACGGAAUACUGGGUGUGGAAGUCCCCAGUUCGGUGAUUGAUCAAUCCGCCAGCUUCGUGGCCUGUUGUCUUCGGAGAGCCGGAAGUCAACAACCCAUACUGCUUGUGAGUUUAUGCGAAUCGACAGUGGAUCGGAAAAAACACGCACAAGUUGUGUUGGAAUUAGCCGAUCACAUUCAAGCUAGUCUUCGUUGA